AUGGAAAACGUCGAGUAUUUUCAUGAAAAGCUUCUCCUACCCGACGAAGAGUUCGCGCUCCUAGAAGCGGCAGUGGCGGCCGCGGAGCGGGAAGCGGCUGCGCGGAAAGCUGCGCGAGCGGGUAGUUCCGCGGGGGUAGUGGCGGUACAUCCGCGGGUGGACGGGACGGCGGAGGCAGUGAAGGAAUCCGCGCGCGAGAGGAACAAUGCGCGGGGACGCGGGGACAGGAUUGAGUCUGCGGAAAGCAGCGCAGUAACGGCGUCGCGGCGGCAGGUAGCUCUAGAGUCGACUCAGAAGUCGCUUCACGCAUGGAUGCGACCAGAGACGCUUUUUGAGGCGCCUCGAGAUCCCAAGGCGCCUUUUCAGGUUCCUCAAAUGGCGGAGCCUGUGACAAGGAGGUCCCUUUUUCCGGACAUUGAGGACGUGGCGAGUCGCGAUGCGCUGCCAGCGGAAUGGACACGUGGCAUUGCUGGAGGCGCUGAUGGGUGUGAGGGGGAGCGCGGGCAACGAAUGGAGGCUAGGGGAAUGAGUACAGAGGCUCGGGGAACGGGUUCAGAGGAGAGGAGAACGAAAGGAGAGGCGCGAGAAGCUAGAGAAGGGGCGCUGGAGGUUCGGGCAAGGCACGUGGCACGGCGGCCGUUGGAUUGCAAGCGGAAUCAGCGGCUGUCUGUGACGGAUAUUACAGACGCGCACGAGCGCCCCAUGAUUGACAUGCCUCACCACCCGUCCCUUCUCUUUCUAGACACGUCCCAAAGCCCACCUCGUUUCUCUUUCCCUCCGUUCACCCUCUCGCUCACCUUCCCACUCACCCAUUCGCCCAUCACUCCCUGCUCACAGGAGUGGUGUGAGCAGCGGGUCGUCUUCUCUCUCGCCCGCGGCAAGCCCCCGCCAACAGCAGCGAUGAGGGCGGGCGCGGAGAGGCAUGCAGCGUUGGAGCGGGAGGUGGUGGAGACAAUAGAGGUGGCGGUGGAAACCAGGGAGGACGUGUGGGCGCUCAGGCUGCUGGGGGCCGCUGCUAGAGUGCUCGCCCUGGGGGAGGUGUCUCCUGCCCUGGCCCUUGCCCACUGCCUGUUGUUUUAUCACCUCGUGCCUCCUCCCCCUCCUGCUGCUGCUGCUGCUGCUGCUGCUGCUGCUGCUGCUGCUGCUGCUGCUGCUGCUGCUGCUGCUGCUGCUGCUGCUGCUGCUGCUGCUGCUGCUGCUGCUGCUGCUGCUGCUGCUGCUGCUGUUGCUGUUGCUAUUGCAUCGCAACUCGAUUCCUCUACACGCCCUGGCAGGGACGGGGGGAGCAAGGGAGGCGCAGAGGGAUGCGGUGGGGGAGGCGGCGAGGGAGGCGGGGAGGGAGGCGUGGAGGGAGGAGCGGAGGGAGUAGUGGGGGAGGGCGGGAGCGGGUGGCGUGUGAUGGUGGUGGACACCAAGACUCGUGUGCGUCCCCGACCCCCCAGGACUGCCCAGAGCAGGAAUUCCAGGCUGCAGCUGAUGUGCUACAGCGCGCUACUCAGUGGCAUGAUUCAGCACAGACUGCCUCAGCAGCCCUUCUUCUCCUCCUUCCGCCUCCAACCCCACACCGCCCUCUCCCCGCAAGUGCUCGAGCAUGCUGCAGAGCUCUUUCCUCAGAGAAAGAUCGCCUGUCUUGCUGACGUCACGGCUGCAGUCUCUCACGCCUUCCAGUCGCUGCAGCCGAUGCACUCCACCUUGCUGCUACGGUAUGAGUGGCAGGCUGAUGGUUCACUUAUUCACGAGGACCACUUCCCCUAUGAUCCCCACUGGCUGCAAGCUAGCAUCUCCACAAGCCUCGAGUUCUGGCUCGGGCGCCGCCGACCCUUCAUCGUGCCUCGUGAAGAGGCUUGGAAAUGCUUCUGGUGCUCGUUUGCGCCAGUGUGCCGCCCGGAUUUGAGGUGGAAGGGGCAAGCAGGCAAUGGAGCAUGUGUCUGA